GGCGCCUGGGGCCGGUCGCGCCCGCCAGCGCGAGGAUGCUGGUGGCCAUGGACUGGACGGCCGCAGCGAGCGACUACAAGAAGAACAGCACGGUGCGCGUGCUGGCGCAGUGCGCGCAGGACCGCACGGCGGCGGAGUGCGCGUGGUGCGUGCAGUACUCGGCGCGGGUGGCGGAGACCUGCGAGUGGUCCUGGUGCCCCCGGCAGUCGGCGCGGGCGGGGGACACCUGCUGCUGGGGCCUCGACGCGUGGCGCGACGGCGUGGCCGGCGCCGCCGUCGGCUUCGACUGCUACCUGCGCUUCGACGUCGCCGUCGCCACCGCCACCGUCACUUCCACUGCGCCGGCGCGGGUGCCCCCGCUCAGAAGGCUCGGGAAGCUGAUGAACGAUCAUCCUUUCCUCACCGCGGUGUUCGUCGGCGGCGGGCUGGCCGUGGCAGCAUUCUAACGGAAAUACAAAGUUGCAGGGCCGGCGGCCGUCCGGGCGGGAGUGAAGAUGGAGAUGACCCCCCCGCAACCGCAAGCCAGGAUGAUGGUUUGAUCUGAGCAACCGCUCGGCGAUCGAUCUGCACUGCAGCAACAACAACAUACUCCAGUAACCAAGUCUGUAAAUAAUUAAGCAUUCGUGCACUAAGUAGCAGCAGCAGCAUCGGCGACUUCAAACUUAAUUCGUGCUUGCAGAUCUCUUAUAUAGAAGAGAAACUUAAGUAUUGAACCUUUAGUCCUUGGUCCACCAUUGGUGCCCAUGCUACCAUAUAUUGGAGAAACUCUCGAUCUUAUUCUCAGCUAUGAAGUUAACAUGCAGUAAUAUGUGAGUUGCCACUUGCCAUA